AGACCCACCUAACACUUCAGUUUUUGAUUUUGAUAUAAUUUCAACUUCUUCUUCUUCUUCUUCUUGUUGGGAGUUUUCAAAGUUUCAAUCUCUCUAAACUAGCAAAUCAAAACUUGGGUCAAUAAAAGAACAAAUAUUUUGUUCUAAAUCUUUGAAAUUUGAAGUGGGUCUUAUUUGUUUUUGGUGUUUAAAGGCUUCUCAAGACCUUUUUCUCGUUGUCUCUGGUUCAAGAAAAGUUCAUUUUUUUUGAGUUUUUGUUGUUUCAUGCAAAAUAAUCAAAAUCAUGGCUUGUUUAUUGAAGAGUGGCUGCACUGUUAAUGUUUCUGGACUGAAUAAUGAGACUAUUUUCAGAUCAAAAUCCAAUGGGAUUGCUGGGUUUUGUCAAUCUUUUAAAGAAUUUGAAUCUGAAUCCAAAUCCAAAGGCUUUCCUGUGUUGAGAAUUGAUUUCAAGAGUGGUGAUCCUUUAAUUUUACCAUCAGAUCAUAAGGGUGGUUUUAAAAACUGGAGCAGUAAAUCUACAAGGAAAUUUUCAGUUCAUGCACAAGCUUCAAUCUGUGUGAGCAGAGCUAUGAGAUGGUGGGAGAAGACCCUGAAACCUAAUAUGGUAGAGAUCCAUUCUGCUCAACAACUUGCUGAAUCUUUGGUUAAUGCUGGUGAUAGAUUGGUCAUUAUUGAUUUCUAUUCUCCAGGUUGUGGAGGCUGCAAAGCUCUUCAUCCUAAGAUUUGUCAGCUAGCUGAAUCAAACCCUGAUGCAAUAUUUCUGAAAGUAAACUAUGAGGAGCUUAGAACAAUGUGUCACAGUCUUCAUAUUCAUGUCCUCCCAUUUUUCAGAUUCUAUAGAGGUGCAGAGGGUCGUCUUUGUAGCUUUAGCUGCACUAAUGCAACUAUCAAAAAAUUCAAAGAUGCAAUGUCAAAGUAUGGCCAAGAUCAGUAUAGCCUUGGUCCAGCAAAGGGCUUAGAAGAAUCCGAGUUAUCGGCGUUAGCUUCUGUUGGCGAAUUGCCAAAGAACUUGUCAUCACAGUCAGCUAAUGAAGAAAGAAUUGAGGAUUUGAUUAUGAAAAGCAUUGAGUUGAAUAGUGUUUGGACCAAAUCUGGGAAUAAGAUGGAUCUUAAAGAAGAAAAUGCAAUUGGAGUAUGAAAUAUAACAGUUAUAGUUCAUUGAUAGAGUAUUUUCUGUUAAUUCUUGAAAUGUAAAUAUGUAUCAGUUUCUUGAUUUUCCAUCAGCAGGCUUCUAAUUUUUUUCAUAUUGAAGCCUGCCAAUUUGGUUAAUUGGGAAUUGGAGAUGGAAAAUUACUGUCAAGGAAUUAUUACAUUUACACCCAUUUAGCAAGAAAUGAAGGCAAUUUUUAGCUA